AUGAACACGGUAUGUUUUUUUUUCGGUGUAUUUCAUCAUGAUGAUUAUUUUUCAGUAUAUUUCUGUGACUGGACAAAACGGAAAAGUGCUGGAAAUUUACGCGCGAAAUGGAAUUAUUGGCGAACCCACUCUUCGUUCGGCGUUUUUUCUCAGGGAUGACACACCGAUUUGUUUGAUGAAAAAUAAUUUGGUUCUGGAGUAAGGUUUACACGAUGUUUUAUAAACAUACUACGAUUUUCUGCAGAAAUUUGUCGUUUUCUCAACGUUAAAAUACAAUUUACUAUCUUUGAGUAGACAGAAAAAUAAUUAUUUCGAAAAAAAACAAAAAAAAACUAAUUUGUCUGUCUGCACUCUCUCAAUUUUACGUUGUGUCUACUCAAAAAUAAUAAACUGUAUUCAUAUUUUGUUUUUUUACGGGUUUCCGCCCGUUAAAAAUACGUUAAAACCCAAUUUUACGUUUAAAAAACGUUAAGAACGUUUUAUCCCCGCAACAAAAAAUAGUUUUCAGACGUCGCUGCGAUGAUCCACUAAAUCCUCAUUUCAAUUUGCUUGAUAACUGGAAUGAAUCUCACUUUGAGUUACGUUGGAAAGAAAGUAGACGCUCAAAUCCAGUCAACACGCUUAGCCACUCUGAAAAACAAGCACUCGAGAAUGAAAGUAUGAAGCAAAAUAUAUUUAAUGAACUAAAAACACUAAUAAUUUUAGAAAUCGAUAAAAUCAUCGAACAAUGGGAACAUCGAGUAUUUUUGAUCGAAGGCGAGCAAGGAGUACACGUAUCAGGCGUUCUCAUCUCUGAUCAACGAAUUCUAACCGCUGGUCAUAUCAAUUUCAAAAUCAAUGCGACAUACAAAGUUAGAGGAACAAAAUACUCUUGCGAGAAUGUAGUAUGCGAAUUUGUAUCAGACAAAUGUGAAUUUGCUGUACUGAAAUCAACAGAGUUGCCAGAAUAUUAUACACGUCGGGCUGAGCUCAAUCGAGGAAAUAAAUUUGUAAUUAUGGUAUGAGGAUGGAACAUUUCAGAACAUUAUAUUUUUCAGUUUUUUAGGGUUAUCCCUUCGAUGUUUCAAAACCAUCCGUAUCGAAAGGAAUCAUUGAAGGUGGUUGUGUUCCUUUUUGUAAGUUGGUCUAUCCUUACUUCUGAUAUCUAAGUAAAAUAUAAUUUUGCAGACGGAUUGCCUGAAUUCGAAACAGGAUAUUCUGGAGGUCCCGUAUUCAAUAUGUCAGGAGAUUUAACUGGAAUUUUAAUUGGUACAUCGACUCGGGAACAGGCGAAGGCAGAAGAAGAAGAAGAAAAAUGUAUUCUUAGUUUUAACACUAAUAAUUUGUUACCAGGAAAGACGUAUUGUAAAAUUAUGCCCUAUUCAGGUAUUCGUACCUUUCCCCUUUUCCGCACUGAGAGAAAGGAGAGUUGGCCAAAUUUUGGCGAUUCGCCAAAAAUGACCAGUCAGGAAAAUUUUGUGAAAUAA